UUUAUUUUUCUUCUCUGCAAAAUCUCUGAAAUCAUUAUCCCUUUCGUUUCCCAAUCCAUGUGAUUUGUGAUUGAAUUUAUUGGUCAUGGGUUGCAGACUCCGAAGAAGGAUAAGGCUCCUCCACCUUCCUCCGAGCCCGAAAAAUUUGACGGUGGCAAGCAACCUUCCGUUCUCUCUAAGCGUAUGAAGAUGGAGGGUAGGUUUGCUGAAGAGCUUUAUGCUGAAAGUUUAGAACUGUCCAAAUUAGAACUCACGUCGACCAUUGCUGUUGAUGAAAAAGAUAAGUUAAACGAUCGUGGUGGUGGUGAUGAUUUGAUUUUCUGGGAUGAUUUUGAUGACAAGUUGGAUAGUUCGUUGGAUUUGGACAGGGAGUGGCAGAGGAGGCACGUCCAAUUCCAUACGAUAGGAUAUCGAGAUGGUCUUAUAGCUGGGAAGGAAGCUUCUGCUCAAGAGGGGUUCAAUUUUGGUUUUUAGCACCGUGACUGUUUCACUAGUUGUAUUUUAAGAAAAUUCUUUUUGACGACUUGCUUCUUUUGAAGUGCUUUUUCUCAUCUUCCACACCAAUUAAAAGAGAGGUUGGUUCCAACCCAAGAAAAGAGGAACGAACUCCAAGGGCUGUAUGAAUCUGUGCAUUCUUUGUCAACACCAGAUGCCCUUGGAUUGUUUACUGAAGAAAUGAUAGCACGAGAGGCUUUGGAAGAUAGUGAACAAUCAGAAGUUAGCCAUGACACAGCAGGUUUGCAAGAACAAUCUUCCUAUGGCUCUCAACUGAGAAAUUAUCUUGGACAACUUCAAUCUCUGAUUAGUGAAUCCUUAGCCGUUGGUAUUCAUUUGACCUGAACCAAAAUUAAUGGUGAUCUCUGUAUAUUUGGGAGGCAUGAGCAAUAGAAUGAUAAGAGGUUCUUGUGGUACGAUUUUCCAUCUUGAUGAUCGUAAAAACAGAUCAAUUGACGUAUUUGUUUAGAUAA